CUGCAGUAUGAAAUGUGUUAUGCGUGAUCAUUAGCACAGUAUAUAUACAAUAUUAACCUCAAAAAACACGAAGGAAUUUAAUGAAUGCAAAUCUAAAUUAAAUUUAUACUUGUAAUCUUAUUUAUUCUUGAUGUGCCCAGGUUAAAGCUCCGUUUAUGUUGAUAUAUUCAUACGGAUAUUGUGGAACGAUGUAUCGAUCAAACAGUCGUUUAUAGGCUUGACGAAAAAAUAGAGGAGAGGUAGACCUAUUUUGGUAUAAAAAAAAUUAUCAGAGCAGCGGGAUCCUGAACAAAUUCGAAAAUGUUUAAAAACACCUUCCAAAGUGGUUUCCUAUCCAUUCUGUAUAGCAUCGGCAGCAAGCCCCUGCAAAUCUGGGACAAGAAAGUAAGGAAUGGACAUAUCAAGAGGAUUACUGAUAACGAUAUUCAAAGUCUUGUCCUGGAAAUACUAGGCAGCAAUGUUAGCACAACAUAUAUUACAUGUCCUGCAGAUCCAAGGAAGACUUUGGGCAUAAAGUUGCCCUUUCUGGUGAUGAUUAUCAAGAAUUUAAAGAAGUAUUUCACAUUUGAGGUCCAGAUAAUCGACGACAAAAAUGUACGUCGCAGAUUUCGUGCGAGUAAUUAUCAAUCAACGACGAGAGUAAAACCAUUUAUAUGUACCAUGCCAAUGAGACUGGACGACGGAUGGAAUCAAAUACAGUUCAAUUUAGCUGACUUCACACGUCGUGCCUAUGGAACGAAUUAUGUAGAGACACUGAGGGUCCAAAUUCAUGCUAAUUGUAGGAUACGACGAGUGUACUUUUCAGAUCGAUUGUAUUCGGAGGACGAAUUACCAGCGGAAUUUAAAUUAUUCUUGCCCAUUCAAAAUAAGGCAAAAUGUUGAUAAUUAAUGAAGGAAAUACGUCUUUAGUAAAAAAAAAAUG